CGCCUAUUGGUCGCGAUCCUUUAUAAAAUGGAUAUAUUCUGGCCAAUGAUAUUCUGGCAGCAUGCUGCGAUCUGUCAUAAAUCUAUAAUUCUCUUUGGUUAUAAAUGCUGUAGAUCUGUGGAAAAAGAAAACAUUUUUGGAGUUAGACAACAGUUGGUGAUUACUUCUAGACAAUAUGGCAGGUGGAUGCAUCGAAAUCCUGGCAAAGUUCUGCUACCUUUUGAAGAAACAUCUAAAGUAGAUUUAAAAAAAGAGAAAAAGAUUAUUGAUUUAGAUCCUGAAAUAUUAUAUAAAAGUAAGGUGAAAACAGAUAAAGUGACCGAGACUAAGACAGUAACUAGUGAAGAUAAUUCUGCAUCUACACUGCCACCAGAGAAAUCUAAACAAAUCAAAAGUAAUAGGAAAGAAAAAUUACAAAAACGAAACUUCUAUCUGAGCCAGAAAAAAGUAUUUGAUGAUAAUCAUGACAUUAUUUAUGAAAAAUUAGGAGAAAAUGAUGGUCGCAUAAGCUCCCUUCUUGUGAAAUUAAAGUCAAAAAAAGAAAGGUUGCGCUCUGGCCAGACUUUAGUGGAAGGAUGGAGGCUGAUAGUAGAUGGGCUGGAAGCAAAAUGUAAACUGAAAUAUUUGAUAUUCAGUAAAGUUGAAGAUUUAAAUAAUUUGAGACCGUUCCUACCUAAAACAGGUGUAUCAAUAUAUAAAAUACCUUACAAGCAGAUUGAGAUGUGGUCAGAUGUAGAGACAUCACCUGGAAUUUUUGGAAUCUUUGAGACACCAACAGCAGAAAAUAUAAGAAGAUUUUCAAAACCUCUACCCUUAAAUUUUAUAUGUGACAAUAUCAGGGUGCCUGGAAAUUUGGGUGCUAUACUAAGAGCUGCAGUAGGAGUGGGCUGUGAUAAAGUCUUAUUGUCAAAAGGUUGUGUUGAUGUUUGGGAUCCAAAAGUUAUAAGGAGUGCGGCCGGAGCUCACUUUAGACUCCCAAUACACCAUUCUAUAGAGUGGAGCGACAUGCCCUCUCACUUGGAGGAGGAUACCUCUAUAUUCAUAGCUGACAGUAAUACUAAAGUUGACAAUUUGGAUGAUGAAAGUGACACUGAAUAUGGUAAUGUGCCAGUAUUACCAUAUUAUGGUGUUGAGUUUUCCUCUUUGAGCCAUAUUACGCUUAUAUUAGGUGGUGAAACUGAAGGCAUAAGUGAAAACAGCUAUGAAUUAGCAUCAAGUAAACACGGCGUAAGACUGAACAUACCUCUUCAAAAAGGCGUGGACAGUUUAAACACUGGCAUGGCCGCAGCCGUCAUCGCCUUCGAAAUUAGAAAACAAUUCAUUCAAACCUGGGCGAAAGCAAAAUUACAGAAACAAAUGGGUCUUGCUACUUAGCAAUAUAACAAAGUAUGAUAUUUAGUUUGUAGUUGAUGUAUCAAAUAUACCAAAUAAAAUAUAUUGUUUAAACAAUA